GCCACCCCCGCCUUGUCCUUGUCAUCUGCGCGACUAGGCCGGAGAGAAGCGGGCACUUCGGUUCUGGACAGCAUCUUGGGGAGGACGACUCCAGGAUGAAAAUGCAGCUCUUGAGGUUGAUAGUCUCUUUGGCCCUUGGGAUCCUGCAUGCUGAGGUGUCUGGAAACGAGCUGACGCCUGUGGAUCCUGAAACACAUAUGAAUGUGACUGAAAUUAUCUCUCACUGGGGCUUCCCUGCCGAGGAAUACUUCAUUGAGACAGAAGAUGGCUAUAUUCUUUGCCUUCACCGAAUUCCUCAUGGCAGGAAGAACUAUGCUGACAAUGGUCCCAGACCAGUGGUUUUUCUGCAGCAUGGCUUGCUCGCAGAUUCCAGUAAUUGGGUCACAAACCUGCCCAAUAGCAGCUUGGGCUUCAUUCUGGCCGACGCUGGCUUUGACGUCUGGAUGGGGAACAGCCGGGGCAACACGUGGUCUCGGAAACACAAGACUCUCUCAGUUUCUCAGGAAGAGUUCUGGACCUUCAGUUAUGAUGAGAUGGCAGAGUAUGACUUACCAGCUUCAGUCAACUUCAUUCUGAAGAAAACUGGCCAAGAACAAUUGUACUAUACAGGUCACUCUCAAGGAACCACAAUUGGUUUUAUAGCAUUUUCACGGCAACCUGAGCUGGCUAAAAAGAUUAAGAUGUUUUUUGCCCUGGGUCCUGUGGUUUCACUUGACUUCUCUACUAGCCCCAUGACUAAACUUGAACUUAUUCCAGAAUUUCUCACGAAGGACAUACUGGGGGUCAAAGAAUUUCUUCCCGAGAGUGAAUUUUUGAAAUGGCUGAGUACACACAUCUGCACCCAUGCUAUUCUGAAGGAGCUUUGUGGAAAUAUCUUUUUUGUUAUUUGUGGAUUCAAUGAGAGAAACCUAAAUAUGUCCAGAGUGGCAGUUUACACAACACACAGUCCUGCUGGAACUUCAGUGCAAAACAUGUUACAUUGGCGCCAGACAGCUAAAUUUCACAAGUUCCAGGCCUACGACUGGGGAAGUAUGGCCAAGAAUUAUUUUCACUACAACCAGAGUCACCCUCCCGCUUACAAUGUGAGAGACAUGAAGGUACCUGUCGCUGUCUGGAGUGGGGGCCAUGACUCGCUGGCCGACUACAAAGACAUCAGUAUGCUCCUGCCUAAACUCCCUAAUUUGGUGUACAGCAAGUUCAUUCCUGAAUGGGAACAUCUGGACUUUCUCUGGGGCCUAGAUGCCCCCUGGCGGCUCUAUAAUGAAAUAGUCAAUCUAAUGAGGAAGUAUCCGUGAGAGCCAGACUGGACAAAUUGACCCAGUUUUAGUAUUAUGUCAAAAUUCUCACUUAAUUUCUCUAACAUACUUCUUUUUCUGUCCUCAAUCUUUUUUAUUUUUGUAUCUUAGAAGAUGAUGAUAUUGACGAUGCCUUAUUCUCUCCAGUUAGGAUCAGAAGUAUGGUCAUUUUGUUGUAUUUGUUUAAGCAGUGAUGAAUGUGAAGAUAAUCCCAACCACAGUGCAUUCUCUCUAAGUCAUUAACAAAACAUCACUGACUAAAGCAUAACCACAAAGCUUAACCUUGCAGUUCAAAAUGUAACUCUAGGGGUCAGAGAGACAGAACUGGGGUUAAAGCACAUGCAGAUGACUGCAGCCUUUGGCUCUGCAGAUGGUCACCCAAGCACUGUCAGGAGUUAGCCCAGAGCAAUGUCAGGUGUGGCUCAAAAUCCAAAGUAAUAAUCAUGGUGAUGAUGAUGAUGAUGAUGAUAAAUUAAAUAAAAUGUAACUCUAUUGCCAUUUAAGUCCCACCUUGGUACAUGACAUAUGGGUUGGGGGUUUUCAAGUGUGCUAUUUAUUAGCAAAUAACGUGACCGUUGAUUUGAAACACUCAGUUCCCAUCUCUUUGCCUUAACAAAUUCCAGUGGAAAGGUCUAAUGUGUAGGGAACUACAUGACCUAUUCUCCUGGUGUUUUGUGGUAGUAUUGUGUGAAAUUCGUGAUACCCCAAUGAUACUCCAAUGACUGAUCAAACUUAGUGGCAAUAAUAGUUACUUUAAAAUGUUUAUAUUAUUUAGCAAAUGGCUCAGAAUUUUUCAGAGAAAGCCUGCAAAACCAGGCUGCAGGGGCUGAAGAGAUUGAACUAUCCUCAAGGGCUGGAGUACAUGCUUCUGAUGGUGGAAACCCUGAGAUAGAUUAUCACAUAUCCAGCACCAAUGGUUAUGACUCUGGUGGUCCCUAAACACGGCUGGGGAGACCCUGAAAGCAAAGCAAAGUAAAACAGAAAGCCUAACCCAAAUUCAAUUCAGUGAAAACCAGGAAGACAACUAUAAUUAAAAUAGCUUGAAGACUGAUAGACACAACCACUGACACUCACUAGCUUCCUAUUCUGUACUUCCGUUUCUCUUUUGCUUUGAUUUAACUCUUUGGCAGGCCUUAUCUGUAAAGAACAGCCUGUGGAGAGACUUUGCUACUGUUUACCUAACAUAUAUAUGCUCUCCUAAUCAACUGCUACAGCUGAGUGAAGAUAUACUUAGAUCCAAAGUCCUGCCAAACGUCCGACUUCAUUUUCACACAAAGUAACUGUGAAUGCAAAUGCUUUAAAAUGAAAUCUCAGGGAUUCUUCCUUUUUUAAAUUAUUCUAUGUUUUGUAUGUAUCUCUACUGUUAAUGGACCCAUAUAAAAAUUGUGCCCUGUCAUCAGCAAGCUCUUAUUCUCCUGCUUUUCUUGCAGUGUUGUUUUCUUGCGAUACUGCUGGAUGGACAGGAUGAAGAAUGCCAAGCUUUUCCUGUCAUAGUUACUUUGGUUACAAUAAUUGAUGAUAUCGGUUCAUAUAUGCUGGUUAUGUGUGAACAGAUCAAUACUACUUUAUACCAUUUUAAAAGUCAUAAAGUUACAAUAAAACUCUGCAGAGCCUCCUAGGUGGAGGCAUUGUGUA